AUGGGCCAAAAGUGCUGCAAAGAAGAAGAGCCUCCAGAGCUGGCUGAGGUGGUGCACCAUGAUCACCGCACUGAGCCACCGGAGCCGGAGCCGCAGCCCCUGGCGCCGCGGCAUCAGCCGAAGAAGCUGAGCUCGUUCUCCCGACGCGCCCGACGUGACGCGGUUGACCCGCCCGACGUGGGGCCGGACGACGCGGACGAUGCGGCGGAGGGUGCCGAGGGUGCGGAAGGUGCGACGAGCGUGAAGAGUGCCGCGCUGGGAGCGAUGCAGCGCUUGGAGGUGGACCAAGAGCUGUUGCGAGGCAUUUCGUUGAAGAAAAGCCUUCGAGGAGGCGGUUCACUUUGGCUCAGAUCGCCUUUGGACUUAUCAGAAGCCAAGCGGUCCACCUUGUGGGACAAGUCGGUCCAAGUGGAGAACAUCGACGUCUUUCUCUCGCACACUUGGCUGACCCCUGGCCGAUGGAAGGUCCUUUCUUUGAUGCUCCAAUCGGGAUGGCCCUGCAUGUUGUUGGGCUGGGCUAUGGCCGUGGUGCUAAUGCUUCUUUUAUGUGGACUGGAUGCCCUUCCAGCCACAUCCACCAUCGAGGUGCAGGUCUUGGACUUCCAGGGCACGUGUCCUCUUGGUCCAUGGAUUCUAAUUGGUGGCCUCAUUGGAUCUGUCCUUGGGCUUUUUCUCUCACCCUAUUUGCCAAACCUUUUGGGUGCAGAGAUGUGCUUCUUGGAUGUCGUCAGCAUCCACCAAACCAACCAUGAGCUUAUGGAACGUGGCAUUUAUGGCUUGGGAUGA